AUGCCACCAAAACAAUACAACAUAUUGUGGAGUGCAUUUGGCGGCAAGCUCGUGAGCGCCGGCCGCGAUGGCGUCGUCCGUCACGGGCCGACUGGCAUGGUGGUUAAAGCGCCGCACCGGUUGGAAGACGACACCACGGCGACCGGUUACCGGGACACGGACACCGUGCCCUAUUUCGAGCACGAGCGGGCCAUGCUUGCGCUGAUGCAAGAGAGACUGCCACACCCCAACAUUAUCCAAAGCGUACUGUCGACCAGCGACGGCGUCUUUCUUCCUCUUAUGAAGGAGAGUCUCCAGAACGUGCUGGACCGCGACGGACGCGCCAGCGACGACGAUGCAGCCCGUUGGCUGGUACAGAUUGCAUCGGCCGCCGCGUGGCUCGAGUCAAUCGACUACUUCCACGGCGACCUUCGCCCACCAAACAUCCUGUUGGACGCCGAGGGCCAUGUUAAGAUCUGCGAUUUCGGUAACAUGGCGCGGCGCGGCGAAACGAACGACGGGGCAACCAUCCCCUAUUAUAAAGACCAGGAAGCGGGCCCGGUGAGCGAGCAGUACGCCAUUGGAUCGUUGAUGUACGCCGUUUUCACCGGGCACGAAUUACUUCACGACGUGGACGACUACCGGACUAAGGAUAAGAUGCUUCGCGACGGACAACUGCCGUUGGUCGAGGUCGAGAACCUCCGAGCCGGGCACGUGAUUGAGAACUGUUGGGUUGGCCGUUACGACACGUUGGAGCAAUUGCACGGCGUUCUUCUCGUAGAAAUGGGCUUGGGGUUGGAGUAUAAAAACCCAGCCAUUUGUCUUACGCCGGAAGAGUGCACUAUGAAGGCGGCCGAGUGUGAGGUAUGGGGGAAGAUGAGACGUGCAUUGCUCGAGGAGUGGAAAUCACAAUGGAACAGGAAUAAGGAUAUAUAG